AUGUCAGAUUUACAAACAUCACCUUCACCACCACUCGCAAACGGCACAUCUACACCACCGCUUGCAAACGGCACAAACGGCUUAACAACUACAACGAACGGCAUAGAAACAAAUAAACAACUAGUAGUCGACCAACAAGCAAUCUUCCAAGCGUUAACGUUUUUACGCACGGAACUAGCCAAAGUACAAAACGAAAACAAUGAACUGACUAGUGAACGUGCCUCGUUACUCGAGCAACUGCAAACACUGGAAAAACGAAACUUAGUGUCUUCCGAUAAAGACGAUAAGCUGGUACAAGAGUUACGUGGACAAGUGAAAACCUUGGAGAUUCAGAAAUCGGUUGUUGACCAAGAUCGUGAAAGUAUGCGAGCUCAACUUGAGAAGAUACGUGAGGAAAUGGAAAAUUUGACGGUUGGACAUACUGAUAAAGUGGAUACAAAAACGCAGCUUUUUGAAAAAGAAGUAAAAGAAUUGACAAGGGAGAAGGAGGAGUUGCUAGCGCAAUUGGAACAGACUAAAGAGGAAAAAACGCAGUUAGAAGCUCAGCACCUAAGUUUGUUAGCGAAAUUGUCGGCUGUGAAAACUUCGUUGGCUGAUAAACUUAAAGGGGACAUGGAAGAAAUCGAACAAGCACGACAACAAGUUGCAAAUCUCCGUCAGCAAAACCAGGAUCUCAGCAACACAACCACAAAACUACAGUCAGAUCUAAAUAAUUCUCGUAACGAACACGAAAAAUCUAUUCAAGAACUAGAACACUUGCGAACACAAGUGUUCAAAAUGCAACAACAAUCAGCCCAAGAGCUGGUCGAAAGAGACAAUGCAGUCCAAGAGCUGCAGGUGAAUUUGGAGCGUGUGCAGGGAGAACGAGGCGAAUGGGAAAUGAUGGCGAUGCAGGAAAAAGGAUUAAAAGAUGAGUUAAAUACACGCAUAAAACAUUUAGAAAGAGAUAUUGAGAUAUUGAAAAAUGAGAAGGAGAUGAUUAAGACGGAGAAGGAGGCAGAGUCUGAGAGUCUAACGAAUUUACAGGCUGUUUUGGAGGAAUUUCAAGCUGUAGCGAAGGAAUCUGAGAUUCGAGAAGCGGUUGAAGGAAUACACCGAAAACUUGCUACUGCGACUAGCGAGUUAUCAGAAUACAAAGAGCGUGCAAUACUUGCAGAGAAUCAACUCUCGCAAAUAAAAGAGGAAUUCAAUAAAACACAACAAUACGAACGAGAAAUCAAAGAAAAGAAUUUACAAAUUGGUAAACUGCGUCAUGAAGCUGUGAUAUUGAAUGAACAUUUGACUGAAGCUAUGCGCCGGAUGAGAGAGGAAACCAGCGAUAAUAAUGUUGACAAACGACUUAUCACCAAUCUCUUAAUAGCAUUUUUCAAUACACCACGUGGAGAUGGCAAACGAUUCGAGAUACUGCAACUAAUGUCAAGUAUGUUGCAAUGGACCGACGAACAAAAAGAGCAGGUCGGAUUAAUUCGAAAAUCAUCGGCACCGUCAUCGCGUCUAAGUCCUGACGAUCGGCCUAGUGGUUGGGUGUCUGGUUUGUGGACACCGACGUCGGAACGACCACUUAUUCGAAAGUCGGAAGAAGUGCCCAGAAGUAAUAGUAGACUGCUGUUGCCGAUGAAUGAGGAAGGGCCCAAAGAGUCUUUUUCGGAUAUGUGGAUAUCAUUCUUACUGAAGGAAGCAAGUAAAGAUAAUAAUACCGACAAUAAUAAUCACGUAUCUCAAACUACUACAAGUAAUAACAACAAUAAUGAUUCAGCACGAGCAGGGAGUCAAGUGGAUGAAUUUUUUUUUGAAAAAUGA